AUGGUGCAAAGGUUAAGAACUUACACGACGGCGACCACACCGAGAUCUAAAGCGUAUUCUACGGCGUCGGCCGAGUACGGUGGUCAGAUACCCGCCACCACCACGUCGGCAGCGACGAAAGGUGACUUUAUUCCCAUUUACGUCUCCAUUGGGAUGAUUUCAUUGUCGGUGUCGUUCGGUGUCUACACGGCCUAUCUUCAUCUCCACGAAAACCCUAGCGUGCGUGUCAACAAGAAGACAAGAGCGACUGUUUCAGAGGUUGAGGAUCCCGAUAGAGUCAUGAACGAAGCGGACCGGUUUGCGAACAGGUCAUGGUUUAGGAAAAUCGCUCAUGUCCAAGAGUUCGAUAAGCAAGAAGUUAUUCCCGACCCAAUCAGGAAAGACCAGUUCGCUCAUAAACCUCGUGCCGUGACGCUUAAGGAUGUUGGAGUUGAUCCUAAGAUGUCGGCUGCUACGGCUCACUGA